CAUUGAUUAGAUUAACAUCAAAAUCUGUUAAUUUUAUCGAGUAUUGUAAGUGAUGAUUUAGAAUACAUACGACAUGUCUACCACAAAUUACAACGAAGAGGAUGAUUCUUAUCCUCUUCAUGAAUGUGUGUUCAUUGGAGAUGUUCGAAAGCUGUCGUCAUUACUAAGAUUCAAUGAUGUGACACGUAAAGACAAACAUGGAAACACUGCUCUGCACUUAGCUGUAAUGUUAGGUCGCAAGGAAUGUGUGCAGCUGCUGUUGGCACACAGUGCACCAGUUAAAGUGAAAAAUCUGGCUGGAUGGUCACCACUUGCAGAAGCUAUCAGUUAUGGCGAUCGUCAGACUAUCUCGUCCCUCGUUCGGAAACUUAAACAACAAGCUCGUGAGCAAAUGGAAGUUCGGAGACCUGAUCUCAUUCGAGCUCUCGCUCAUAUACAAGACUUUUAUAUGGAAUUGAAAUGGGACUUCCAUUCGUGGGUGCCAUUAGUCUCACGAAUACUUCCAUCAGAUGUAUGCAAAAUUUACAAAUCUGGUUCAGGUAUAAGGUUAGACACUACCUUAGUGGAUUUCACUGAUAUGAAAUGGGAGAGAGGGGAUAUUUCAUUCAUAUUCCAAGGUGAGAAGCCUCCAAGUGAGUCAUUAACCGUGCUUGAUAAUAAAGCCAAAGUCUAUCAACGUGUACGCUAUGAGGAAACUGAGAAUGAAAUUGAAGAUGAAGUUGACAUUUUAAUGUCCAGUGAUAUAUUGGCAGCACAAAUGUCUACGAAAGGAAUUUCAUUUUCAAGAGCCCAGUCAGGUUGGAUAUUUCGAGAAGAUCGGAAGGAGAUAGUUGCAGGCUUGUAUAGAAGUGAUAUUUAUACAAUCACAGGACUUGUGUUAGAGUCAAGAAAAAGAAGGGAACACUUGUCCACAGAUGAUUUACAGAAAAACAAAGCUAUCAUUGAAAGCCUGACAAAAGGUAAUACACAAAAUUUAGAUACAAACGGUGAACCAACUCGCAGAGCAUCUUUGAAUCCACCACCAGAAUCUGGAGUAGACUGGACUAUGUACAUAUCAUCUACACCCGGGCAGUAUCCCAGCUUAGGACGAGAGCUUGUCUAUAAGGAAUCCUCCAGAAAUUUCAGAGCAACUUUAGCUAUGAGUGAUGAUUUUCCUCUCAGUGUUGAUAUGCUUUUGAAUGUACUUGAAGUCAUUGCUCCUUUUAAACAUUUUGCAAAAUUACGUCAAUUUGUAGCUAUGAAGUUACCAAAAGGUUUCCCUGUGAAAAUUGAUAUACCAAUACUGCCAACAGUUACAGCUAAAAUAACUUUUCAAAAAUUUGAUUUUCGUGAUGAUAUACCACCAGAAUUAUUUAUUAUACCAGAUGACUUUUUGGAAGAUCCCCUUCGGUUUCCUGACUUAUGACGCUUUGAUCUUCUAACACUGUUUGAAAUAAGUGAGAGGCCAGUGUGGUGGUGUGAAAUAAAGCGAGGGCGGUCCCGGAGAUUUGUGGGAGGAAUGUGUUGCAGGUCUAUGACACAUGGCAUGCUCACUAUUGAAUUUCCAAUGUUGUUUGGCCUGGGCAGUUCCUACUCUAGCCAUUGUGUCCUAUUUGUCGAGUAGCAAACAUUUCUAUGUAGGUAUGUAAAAUUGGUGGUGAAGAAUUGUGUUUGUGUAUAACAGUGUUAGAAUGAAAUUAAACCGACCAUUUUGACAAUUUUUGAAAACUGUUAAUGUUUAUUGACAUCACUUAUUUACUG